AGACAUCUUUUUUGGGGCGCAUCUCCGGGUUACUCGACCACCUCUACCGAAUCCUAGAUCUAGGGGUUUUGGUCUGUUUUUGGAGCCCGGCGAUCGUCGACUGGGGUGGCGAUCCGUAUAAAUGGUCGCGACGGCGACAGGUUUGGCACUCUCAGGUCAGCUGACGAUCCAGAACAACCAACUAACCAUGAGAUUCCUGGUCCUCGCCGCCCUCGUGGCCGUGGCCGUUGCCGACUACCACGAUGACACCUUCCACUUCUCUACCCUCGGCAGCUCGAGCGGCCUGAAGAGGACCUCCUUCCAGUCCUCCCAGCCCAUCGUCACCAAGAAAACGUUCCAGUCCGGACCCCUGAUCUCUUCUUUCGCCCCCCAAACCACCUUCCUGACUUCUCAGCAGCCUAUCCUCACCAAGAAGACGAUCACUACCAAGACCUUCCAGAGCGCCCCGCUGAUCUCCACGAUCGCGGCUCCCCCUGUUGAACAGAGGUUCAUCGUCCAGCAGCAGCCUGCCUUUGAGCAGCGCUUUGCCGUGCAGCAGGUGGCCCAGCCCGCUUUUGAGCAGCGCUUUGCCGUGCAGCAGGUAGCCCAGCCCGCUUUCGAGCA